AUGGCUGCUUCCUUCACUCGCCUGGCGGGCAGCGCGCCCAAAAGGCUCUGCCUCCGCCCCUCGAGCUUCUCCAGAAACACUGCUAUCCCCAGAUCCCGGACGAUUUCGACGUCGCUGCCUCGCCGGUAUGCAGAACCCACCAGCUACCAGGCCACCCGCCUCAUCCCGGCCGACCCGACCUUCACAUCUCUGGCCAACAAGGAGGGCCCUUCGGAGGCUGAUGUGGGCGCCGCCCUCGAAUCCGAGGACACUGGAGCCGGCCGCAAGAUCCGCCAUUACACCGUCAACUUUGGUCCUCAGCACCCUGCCGCUCACGGUGUGUUGCGUUUGAUUCUGGAGCUCAAUGGUGAAGAGAUCGUCCGCGCCGAUCCCCACGUCGGUCUGCUUCACCGUGGUACCGAGAAGUUGAUCGAAUACAAGUCCUACAUGCAAGCCCUGCCAUACUUCGACCGAUUGGAUUACGUCUCCAUGAUGACCAACGAGCAGUGCUUCUCCCUGGCUGUUGAGAAGCUGCUGAACGUUGAGAUCCCCGAGAGAGCCAAGUACAUCCGCACACUGUUCGGUGAGAUGACACGCAUUCUGAACCACCUCAUGUCCGUCCUUUCCCACGCGAUGGAUGUUGGUGCUUUGACACCUUUCCUGUGGGGUUUCGAGGAACGUGAGAAGCUCAUGGAAUUCUACGAGCGUGUCUCCGGUGCCCGUCUCCACGCUGCCUACGUCCGCCCUGGUGGUGUGUCCCAAGAUCUGCCCCUUGGUCUCCUCGACGAUAUCUACCAGUGGGCUACUCAGUUCGGUGACCGCAUUGACGAGACCGAGGAACUGCUCACGGAUAACCGUAUCUGGAAGGCCAGAACCCAGGGUGUUGGUGUUGUCAAGGCUGCCGAUGCCCUCAACAUGAGUUUCACCGGUGUCAUGCUGCGUGGUUCCGGUGUCCCCUGGGAUAUCCGUAAGUCCCAGCCUUACGAUGCCUACGACAAGGUUGAGUUCGACGUGCCCGUCGGUGUCAACGGUGACUGCUACGACCGUUACCUCUGCCGUAUGGAGGAAUUCCGCCAGUCCCUGCGCAUCAUCCACCAGUGCCUGAACCAGAUGCCCGCUGGUCCCGUCCGUGUUGAGGACUACAAGAUCUCCCCCCCUCCCCGUGCGGCCAUGAAGGAGAACAUGGAGGCUCUGAUCCACCACUUCCUUCUGUUCACCAAGGGUUACGCCGUUCCCCCGGGUGAGACCUACUCCGCCAUUGAGGCUCCCAAGGGUGAGAUGGGUGUGUUCCUUGUCAGUGACGGUAGCGAGAGACCCUACCGCUGCAAGAUCCGUGCUCCUGGAUUUGCUCACUUGGGUGGUUUCGACCAAGUGUCUCGCGGCCACCUUCUGGCCGAUGCUGUCGCUAUUAUCGGAACGAUGGAUCUUGUGUUCGGUGAGGUUGACCGGUAG